UCGCCCUGAGAGAGUAACCGCAGCUCCGCGCGUCUUCUGCCCCUUCUAGCAGCCGGUCGGUCACCCUGGUUGUUCCACGCCCGGAGCUGGUUUAGACCAUAGUAUGCGGUAAUGACCCACAUUCUCUCCGGGUGACUGUCACUAACAGCACCAGCGGCAGCAGGUGUACCUGCAAAGAUCGGUAACCGUCCAGAAUAAAACAGAGGCACUGAAUUUGUUCGCUGUGAUGGUGGCUUUACUGGCGGCAUCGUUUACCUAGGCAAUAAAAUCAGGUUAGAGGGUGGUUGUUUUUUUAAAGGUUUAAAAGUGUGGAAAUUAUUAGGAAAGUGUGUCUGGCUGUGCUGUAGCAAUUGGCAGUGCUUGGCUGACAGAGUUUUUUGGGGGAAAACAAGCAUUUGAAGAUCUGGAUACUCCAGACAUGCUGCUUUGGAUUAGAUGUUCCAAAGUCUGAAACAUGCUAUUGAUUGUCUAAUAAAUUAGCUGAGGUACUUGAGAUGAACUGUAGCUAGUAACAACUAUAUGCUUUGUUUUGCUGUUUAUUUCUUUCAAUAAACUGGUGUUUUGAGGUUUGUUUUAAAGAAGGUGUCUUUGAUGGGUAGUAAAGUUAAAUACCCCCCCCGGUAGUCUGGAGAAGAAAGUGCAAGUUUGUAUGUUUGAUGUAUGUAGUGUGUUGAGAUGCAGCGGCCUGUAACAGGUUGUAUAUAUGCUGCUGUGCUCAGCCAGACACGGACUUGCUAUUGGAAAAGGGAAAAUGUAGAUGUUCAUUUCUGCUUUCCAGUAAUCAGUGUUCUAAGGCUCACAAAAAAGCUGUAUCCAUCAUAGGAAGGUGUGUUGGAGGAAUUAAUAAAAGGGGCAGAAGAUAGAGGAAUUCUAUUCUGUGACACCCUACAGAAACUCAAGGCAUGGCUACACUUGCGAGUUAGAGCGCAUUAAAGCAGCCCCGGACGCCCUGACUCACGACACGUCCACACUGGCAAGGCACGUAGAGUGCCCGGAUUCCACAGCUAGAGCGCUCCUGGUAAUCCACCUCGGCGAGUAGAAUAAUAUUUGAUGUGCCCCCGCUGGAGCGUCACAGCGCCAGUGUGGACGCCCUAGUCUGUUAAUGCGCUCUGAUCGGUCUCCAGAAGUGUCCCACAAUGCCUGUUCUAGCCACUCUGGUUAUCACUUUGAACUCUAGUGCCUUGCCCUCAGAUGACCAUCUGUCAGACCUGCCCUUUAAAUUCUCUGGGAAUUUUGAAAAUCCCCUUCCUGUUUGCUCAGCCAGGCAUGGAAUGCUCUCAGCGAAUCUUUCCAGGUGACCAUGCCUUCAUGUGCCAGGCGAUCCCCAGUGUGGAGCAAUGGCGAGGUGCUGGACCUCAUCAGUGUUUGGAGGGAGGAAGCUGUCCAGUCCCAGCUGUGCUCCAGCUAUAGGAAUUAUGAUACCUUUGGGCAGAUACCAAGAGACAUGAUGGAAAGGGGCUAUGACUGGGACACACAGCAGUGCGGAGUUAAAGUGAAGGAGCUGCAGAAUGCCUACCGCAAAGCCCGCAAGGCAAACAGCCGCUCUGGUGGUGCAUCCGCAACCUGCCGUUUCUACAAAGAGCUAGACGCGAUACUUGGGAGCGACCCUACCUCCACUCCGAGGACCACCAUGGACACUUCAGAGCCCAGUUCAACAAGGCAGGGGGAGGAGGAGGAAGAAGACACCCCGGAAUCCCUAGACGCAUGCAGCCAGGAGCUGUUCUCAAGCCAGGAGGAAGAUGCAACCUUGAGAUCUGAGCUGUCUGUGUUAUCAUGGGCCGAGAGACUGCAAAGACUCAGGAAGAGGCCACGAAAAAGCAAAGAAGACAUGCUGCAAGAAGUGAUGCAGCAAUCUCCUAAAGAGAAUCAAAAAGUGCAGGAGUGGAGGGAGAGCAAAAGCAGGAUCCGCCAGGAAAACGCAGUGCACCGACAGCAAAGCACGGAGCUCCGGCAGCAAAGCACGGAUUGGCUGAUAAGCAUCAUGGAGCGCCAAGCGGACUCGAUCCAGACGCUGGAAGCCAUACAGGCGGAGUGCUACCAUGCCCAUCGCCCCCUGCAGCCCUUGUCCCAAAACUCUUUGCCUUGUGUCCCCAUGUCAUCUCCAACCCACUUUCCCCAACAUCCGGGUUCUUAUCACCACCAGCUGCCUCCAGUACCUGUAGCUUCACCACCCAGCUCUGAAAACUACGACCCUUACCCACUGCGCUCAGCCCCCCUCACCAUGCAUUAUAACCAUCCUGAAGUGCAGCACUCAUUGCAUAGCACUCCAGACAGGAAGGCUGAAUAUGAUAACAGGACAGAUGCAAAUCUGUCAUAGUACCGUUUUCCACCCCACCCCCUGCCCUUUCUGUUUCCCAAGCAGUUGUG